AAUUUCUCCCAAUCUUCUCUUACAUCUUCAGAAACCUCAUCGUACUGUAGCAAUUUUCAUACACGUUUUAUUUAAGUUGUUUGGGUCAUUUUUGCAGAAAAUAUCAAAGAUUCUCUUUCUUUCUCUUUCAGUCAACCAUUACCUAUUUCAUUCUUUAGUUCCAAAUCAAAUUUAUAGUAAUAUCAAAAGUACCAGAAGAGUUUCCAUUUUUGAAUCACUCCAAAGUUGUUGAAGAAGAAGAAGAAUCAUCAAACUUAGAAGUCCAUCUCCAAGAGGAAAAUGUUGAUCCAGCUGAAACACUGAAGAAAAAAUAGAAGUUCGUUCGUUCAUUCAUUCAUUCAUGGAGGGUGGUUUAAGGAUUGGUUGUGCAAAAAGGGUGAUCGCGAAGAAGAAGAAGCCUUAUCGGAGAGUAAAGAAGGCAGUGCCUAAAGUUCCAAAGGCACUUGAGGAUCUUUUCCUUUCAUGCAGAGAAACAUUCAAGGGUCCUGGAACCGUUCCUUCACCACAAGAUGUUCACAAACUCUCUUGCAUUCUUGAUACCUUGAAGCCAGAAGAUCUUGGGCUAAGCAAAGACUUGCCAUUCUUCAAUCCUGAAAACCCCAUCAAAGAUAACCCAAGGGUCACCUACACAACAAUAUACCAGUGUGCUAAUUUCUCGCUCUGCAUCUUUUUCCUACCAGCAAAGGGAGUAAUUCCUCUCCACAAUCACCCGGAAAUGACAGUUUUCAGUAAGCUUCUAUUGGGGAAAAUGCACAUCAAGUCUUAUGAUUGGGUUGAUCCUGAGAUCACUCGCCGUCUUUCGCAUCCACAAUCACAAUUGAGACUGGCAAAAUUAAAAGCUGAUAACGUCUUCACAGCGCCGUGCGACACUUCGGUUCUGUAUCCAAGGACAGGAGGUAAUAUCCAUGAAUUCACAGCCAUAACACCAUGUGCUGUGCUUGAUGUAAUUGGUCCUCCUUAUUCCAAAGAAGACGGAAGGGAUUGCUCCUACUAUAAAGAUCAUCUAUUCACUACAUUUUCCGAUGGCAAGGGAGCUGAGGUGAAAGAGGAAAGUGAUAGGUACGGAUGGUUAGAAGAAAUUGAGAUGCCAGAGAAUUCAAGAAUGGAUGGAAUCAAGUACUUGGGUCCUCCAAUUACUGCAGACAGAGAGUUGUAGAUCAAUGAUAUGUGUUCCAUUUAGGUCUUAGUUCUUACUUCUUACUGUUCAUAACCACAGGCAUAUACAAGUCACCUACCACUUCAUCAUCUGUUUUCUUGUGUUGGUUUUAGUUUUUUUUUUCCCUUUCAAUUUGUUUGGGUGCUGUCGGUUGUAGAUGUUUAAUGAUACCUACAUGUUUAAUCACGUUGAAAGUAAAUCUCAAAUCGGUAAUUUCUUGUUACUA